AAAACUUUUGGAACUAAGAACCCAAAAACAUAGCAAAAGUUUUCAUAAAUCUAAAGAAUUUUGAUUAAAAACUUAAUAAACUGCAUUAAGAUUGUCAAAGUGUGAACAAAAGAUUACUACACAUAAUAAUAUGCAACCACAAAGUUUACAUCUGUUCCUGAAAGCUCUCAUAAAUGCCACAAAAAUUGUUUGAGACGGAAGAAAGUAAAUCCCAAAAGACUACACAAAAAUUAUAUCAUAUUAGUAAGGAGUGAGACAAAUCAGCAGCAGAGAUGUCGACACUUGAUAUGACAAACAAUACUAUUGAGUUCCCAUUCUGUCAAAAUGAUCUUGACGACUUUCACACGUUCUUCAAUGCUAUUAAUUUCAAGCUGAGCCUGUGCAUUUGCAUAUUCGGAUGCAUCACCAAUGUCCUGAACUUUAUUGUUCUAUCGCAAAAAGAUCUCCGAACACAUAUAAACUACAUAUUGGCUGGACUCGCGAUUUCGGACUUCCUAGUGAUGCUUGUUUAUUUCCCAUAUGCACUUGAUCAUGCAUUCAGCAUAAAUUCGCGACCCGAGAGACUAACAUAUGGAUAUGCACAUUAUAUUUAUACGCAUGCUAUGUUUAGUCAAACAGCACAUACUGUAUCUAUAUUUUUGACAAUAACUUUAGCACUUUGGCGAUACAUCUCGGUAUGUCAUCCAUCAUGUAAGAAUGCAUUUAUGAGACGUACAUUUUGGGCAAUUAUUGCAUCAUAUAUUAUAAGUCCAAUUAUAUGUUUACCGUACUACAUGUCAUUGACAAUACAAUCUAAAUCUACUUAUGUGUAUAAAGGAAAUAUGACAGAAUAUAAAGCAUCGUCAAUUAAUGACACUGAAUCACAGUUUCUUGCAACAAUAGAUGAAGAUAAUGGAGAGAUUGAAAAGUACACAAGAUAUUAUGUUUCUGUAUCAAGCUUUUAUAUGUCAUAUAACCAGGCAUUCCUUUGGGUAUAUUCAGUCAUUAUUAAACUUUUACCUUGCAUGUUGCUGACCUAUUUUUCCUUACAACUCGUCCGUACGCUUUAUGAAGCUAAAAAAAGAAAGGAAAAGUUGAAUGGAAAUUUGCAAAUGUCUGCAAAGUUAUUGAACAAAAAGAAGCAAGCUGAUAGAACAACAAAGAUGCUGAUUGCUGUUUUGUUUCUGUUUUUAAUUACUGAAGUUCCGCAAGGCAUUUUGGGACUCAUGUCAGCUGUCUUACAUCAAGAUUUUUAUCUUCAUUGUUACCAGAAAUUGGGUGAUUUAAUGGAUUUUCUCGCCCUCCUGAAUUCAUCCAUAAACUUUAUCCUUUACUGCUCAAUGUCUCGACAAUUUCGUGAUACAUUCACAAAAAUAUUUUUACCUCGAUGUCUCAUACGCACUCAACGACGUGUAGCAAAUGGAAAUGGAUUUGCCGAAGUGGAUAGUCAUGGACGACAUGUUGAGACGAUGCACGAGACACAGAUGACACAACUUUAACUAACAGUUAUCUAUCGUAUUCUCAAGAACUUUCAAAGAAAUGAUAAUUAAAUUAAAGAUUUUUGUCUUCUACAAAAAGAUUUUAAGCUUUGCAUCUUUGUUUUUGGGAAUUCCGAAAAAAUCAAUUUUUUCAUUUUUUGAACGCAAGAUAUAAUAUUAAUGAAAACAUUAAAUUUAAAUUGAGAAUAUCACAAAAAAUACAAAAAUAGGUGCUGAAAUCAGAGUUGUGAUCUGUCACAGGCAAUCAGCUGUCAUUUACCAAUUAACAGGCACGGAUUUGUCACCUGUGCCUGUGGCAGGCGAUUUAUAUCGCACCUCUGACUGAAAAUUUACGAAAAUUCAAGCUUAAAUUUAUAUUUAAAGCACAAAUAAAGUGAAAAUGACGAAUAAAAUAUAUUAUUUAUUAAAUUGCACACUGGGAAAAGAAGAUCAAUUGAU